AUGGCUUCACCUCAACUACCAUCAAACUUUCAUAUUCCACUCGGUAUAAGACAUAUUAAAAAAAGUCAUAAAGAAUCAAUUAUUGGAACUAAUGAUGAUGCUGCUUCUUGUAAAUUAUCAGCUGUUAAUGUAGGAUAUUAUUCAGAUCCAUUUGUAAAAUAUUUUGUAAAAUCUCCAAUAAGAAGACAACCAUUAAUAAAUAGAGGAUUCUUUUCGCGUGUUGAAUGUAUAGAACAAUUAGUCGAACAGUUUAAUGGGCAAUACAGCGGAGUAAAGAAACAAAUCGUUAGCUUAGGAUGUGGGUUUGAUACCUAUUACUUUAGAUUAAAAUCAAGAGGUACCAUCGAUAAAGAAAAUAUUGUUUAUGUCGAAGUAGACUAUGACCAAGUAAUUACCAAUAAAAUUAAAAUCAUUCAAAAUCAUAAAGAACUCCAAGAUACCGAAAAACUAUCAUCAAUGACCAAUCAUCAAAUAAUAAAAUCAGAUACUUACAGAUUAGGCCCAAUUGAUUUAACAAACAUGGAUACUUUUAAAAUUUUUGAACAAUUAGAAUUAGAUUACAAUUGCCCAACUCUAUUUAUUUCAGAAUGUGUAUUGGUAUAUAUUCCAACAAACUGCGGAAACCAAGUAAUCGAAUGGGCUUCAAAGAAUUUCACAGAAUCAGGCUUUAUAACAUAUGAACAAAUUAAACCAUAUGACGAAUUUGGCAAAAUGAUGAUAAAAAAUAUUGAAAUGAAAGGAUGUCCAUUAUUAUCAAUCGAAUCAUUCCCAGAAAUUGAAGAUCAAAGAAAAAGAUACAACAACUUGGGUUGGAACAAAACAGAAAUUUUGGACAUGAGAGAAGUUUAUAAUCAUUUCAUUAACAAAGAUAGAAUUAAAGAAACCAACAAAUUAGAAAUUUUUGAUGAAUUUGAAGAAUGGGAUCUUAUUCAAAGCCAUUAUGUCUAUGUUUUUGCAAUUAAAAGCAAAAAUGAACAAAUUUUAAAUAGUUAUCAUUUUGAAGACACAAAAAAUUAAAAAUAAAAUUAAUAAUAUUAUUAAUUUUACCAU